AAUGAGGAAUUAAUUUUAAUUAAACACGCGCCAAUGAAUGCGAAUGGGAAAAGAAGAAUUCAUAGGGUCAGAGCUGCGAAAGGAAGGAAAAAUCCUAUCUGGAUAUAGGAACAAAUUUCAACCCAACACGCUUCAAUAUUCUCUCUUUUUUUGUUCUUCAUUCUCUUAAUUCUUUGCUCAGAUCAAAUUUCCCGGCCGUCGUUUCAUUUCAGAAACUUCGGUUUUCGUUUUCAUGGUGAUGUUUUCUUUCAGUUUCAAUAUUGAUUGAUUCUGUGAGCAUCAUGAUAUGAUGAUGAUGAUGAUGAUGAUGAUGAUGAUGAUGAUGAUGGAUGGAUGAGACUAUUAACUAAACCACAAACUCCAAAAGGAAAACAAAAUUUCUCGACUUGGGUUUUGAUUUUGGAACAUUCUUCUUCUCUUCUUGUUCUACCUAAUGUAAAUUGACCCACUUCCAAAAUUUUCCCUUUUUAUUCUUUGAGGACGAAAUUCCGGUUGUUCUUCGUUUUCUCAAGGAAUAUUCCGUAGUUUUUGAUUUGGGUUCUUUUUAAUUUAUUGUUUCAGUUGCUUUUUGUGUCCUUAAUUUUGUUUCGUGACUUGGGUUUCUGUAAUUUUGACGGGUUGUCUUCUUCUCCUCCUCCUCCUCCUUCUUCCUUCCAGACGGCCACUGAGAGUUUGGAUUCUGAAAACGAUCGGUUAAACUUUUCUUUAGGAUCGAAUCAGAUCUAUUCUAUGUCAUUUGGGUUUCUUUUCUUUUUUGUUUCUUUCAAAAAAAUUUCGUUAACGGAUUAUGACGAUUUUGCUUUUCCAUCACUGGGGUUUCUGUGCAAUUUCUAGCGUUUUUCCUUCUCUUUUGUUUAUUGUCAGAGUUUGGAAGUAGAAUAAUAAACUUCCUUCUUAGAUCCGUUUCUGUUUCCAGAGUCCAUUACUGAAAACAAGAACUACAAACGUUUUUUUCUUUUUCAGAUUGUUUAUCGGGAAGAUAACCUUUCUCUUCUCUCAAUCAAUCUCCGAUUCUUCCAAUCGGACUCCUAAAAAAAAUGGUUCGGUUGGAUUUAGAUGAUUUCCGAACUAUAUUAGAUACGGCCGGCGUCGAUGUUUGGACUUUCAUCGAUACAGCUAUGGAAGUCGCUUCAUUAGAUUACGGUAACCAAUUGAAGAAUCGGAGAGAUGGAAUCGUUGAGAGGCUCUACGCGUUGACUUCGCCGCCGUCUCGAUGUCGGAACUGUGAUACGGAUCGCAACCAUGACGGUCGCUCUAAUGGCUGUGAAAUCAAACAGGGUUCAGGUGAGGUUAAGGGAGCUUCCCCUUCAACGCCGCAGUUCGUUGUAGUGGAAGGGGAUGACGAUGGAGCAGACCCAUAUGCAGGAUUGUUUGAUGAUGAACAGAAGAAGGUUCUGGAAAUAAAGGAACAGCUCGAAAUUCCUCACCAGCCUGAAGAUGCUUUGGUUGAACUGCUUCAAAACUUAGCAGACAUGGAUAUAACAUUCCAAGCUCUUAAGGAAACUGAUAUUGGAAGGCAUGUGAAUCGGUUGAGGAAGCAUUCAUCUAAUGAUGUUCGUAGAUUGGUGAAACAUCUUGUCAGAAAAUGGAAGGAGAUUGUUGAUGAAUGGGUCAGGUUGAAUCAACCUGGGGAGCAAACAGCUACACUCUUAGCUGAUGGCGACUCACCCCAGCAAAAAGCUCCUCAAAAUGGUUAUCAUCAGGUUCCUGAUUUUGCAUACUCUCCGAAUCCACACAAUGGAGGUUCUGGGUCCGAUAGAAAUAACUCAGAACCGGAACCGAAGGGGAAAUCCGUUCCAAGAAGAGAUGCCCCGCCGAAACCAACACAACAAGCUCCAACGUCGUCUUUAACUCCACAAAAUAGGCAGAAAGAACAACAGAAAGAAGCAAAUUUUGAUUCCCAAAAGCUUGCAUCAGCUCGAAAAAGGCUUCAAGAGAAUUACAAAGAAGCUGAAAAUGCUAAAAGGCAAAGAACAAUUCAAGUCAUGGACAUCCAUGAGAUUCCAAAGCCAAAGAAUGCCUUCUUCUCAAAGAACAAAGGCAGCGGUGGUGGUUCUCAAGGCAGACACUGGUGAUAGAUAAUUUGGCAAAUGCAAACCACAUCUUCUAAAUUAGGGUUCUCCGUUAUCAUCGAAUGAAUCGGUUUAUCAUCAUCCUUUCUAUUUGUUACAUCUUUUGAUCAUUAAAUUCUUAACUUCUCUAUCAAGUUUAAAAAGAGAAUCAAAAACUACUUUUCGCGUAAA